AUGUGGGACCAGCUGGAUGAAGUGCUGCUGCUGCUGCUGUGUGCCAUCUGCCUCCUCGUCCUGCCGUCGAGCUCCGCUCAGCACGGCGAGUCAGAUGACUCCAAGCUCCUGCAGGUGACCAUCCCGGCGGCGCCGCCGGUGCUGGGCGUGCUGGGCGGCGCCCUGACGCUGCCCUGCCUGGUGUCCCUGGCCCACCCGCCGCCCUCCCCGCCCGCCAACGGCCGCCACGCCGUGCUGUCGGUGCCCCGCGUCAAGUGGAGCGUGCUGACCCACGGGAAGGAGACGGAGAUCCUGGUGGCCCGGGGCGACCGGGUCCGGGUCAGCGAGGCCUACCGGGACCGCGCCUCGCUGCUGAACUACGCCUUCUCCCCCGCCGACCUCACGCUGCGGCUGGACGGCCUGCGGCAGAACGACACCGGCUUCUACCGCUGCGAGGUGCAGCAGGGCCUGGAGGACGCCGACGACAUGGCUCACGUCAAGGUCAAAGGAGUGGUUUUCCACUAUCGAGACGCCUCCAGCCGCUACGCCUUCACAUUCGAGCGAGCCAGAGAGGCCUGCCAGGAGAUCGGCGCUCAGAUGGCCACUCCGGAUCAGCUGCUGGCGGCGUACCACAGCGGAUACGAGCAGUGUGACGCAGGAUGGCUCUCCGACCGCUCCGUCAGGUAUCCCAUCCAGACGCCCAGAGAGAGGUGCUUCGGGGACAUGGACGGACUGCCUGGAGUGAGGAACUAUGGGAUGCUGGAGCCUGACGAGCUGUAUGACGUCUACUGCUACGUGGAGAACAUCGAAGGUGUGGUGUUUCACGGCUCGGCUCCUCAGCGCUUCACCUUCCGGGAGGCCAAAGCCUUCUGCGUGAGCCACGGAGCCGAGCUGGCCACCAGCGGCCAGCUGCACGCCGCCUGGAACGACGGCCUCCACCACUGCAGCCCCGGCUGGCUGGCGGACGGCAGCGUGCGCUACCCCAUCGUCACCCCCAGGGAGCGCUGCGGGGGCGGGGAGCCCGGGGUCCGCACCGUCUACCGGUUCAGCAACCAGACGGGAUUCCCCGACACCCAGUCCCGGCAUGACGUGUACUGCUUCAAAAGUGAUCACGGGCCGUACACAGACCCUCCCCAGGAUUUUCUCGCCACUGAGCCAGAGGACAUCGGCCAAGACGUUGUGUUCACUAGUCCCACUGCGGAGGAGGUGGAUCCGACGGAGGCGACGCCAGAGUUCCAAGAAAAGGUGCAGCGCGCCCAAACCACAAAUCUGUUAAAGCAGGACGUUCGGCCUUCAACGCAGGCUUACGAUGAGGAUCCGGAACCGGCAGGCCUUCCUCAGCCUGUGACGCCUCCUUCUGAGCAGACGGAACGUCUCUCCACUGAAGAGGAUCAGCCCACCCCCGAAAACAAGCCGGACGCUGAUAAAGGAGAGUCUCAGGACUUUAUGGCAACGUCUCCACAAGCUGAUGCAGAUUCCACGGAGCACCGUGUGUCUCACGCCGAAGCCGUCACGGUCGACGCCGUACCUGGGACCGACGUGAACGAGCUGCACCAGGAGGGAGAUCUGCCAGUCCUACAGGAGGAUCACACCGAAGACGUCACUCAGACCAACCUCUUCCACACGAGCCCCUCGUUCGUCUCCGGACGGACAGAAAAAUCCGGCGUUGAGGAGCCGUCGGCGUUCACGACUGUGUCCUCCACCGCUGGGCCGCCCGUCCCGGAUCACACAGCAGCCGAAGAGGAGUCCGGAGACGACGGUUACUCAGAUCACGCAGAUGAAACCACAGUGUCGUCUGUCACUGCUGAUCAUGAUGACGAUGGAUAUUCAGAGGAAACGGCGGCCCCGACAGAGCAGAGUGGACACAGUCAUCCAGCGGACGUCUCGGACGCUCCUCUCCUGAAGACUGACGCUGUCACACCAGUGGGAUCCUCGGUUUCUCCUCCUCCUCUGGAGGUUGAAGCCAGCUCCGCGGACAUCACAACCUCCACACCUGAAAGUCAUUCUUCACCCGAACCCCCAGAGAGCGCUGAGGAGCAGCUCCACCAGCAGGAGUUUGGAGAAAAUCCUGUUGUCUUCCCCAAAGCAACUCAAAAUGUCCCCGACGGUGAUCCAGAGAGAGCGUCUUCAGGCGAGUCCUCGGGAGAGAUCCCACACCAAGAACCCGAGCUCGUCCUCAGGGACCUGACUCCCCCCGCGGACCACUCCACUGAGCCACCGGCCCCCACCGAGAUCAGAAUCACACUGAUUCCUCAUGAGAGCCUGACGCCCGGCUGGGAGCCGGAAGAUUCGUCCACCCUGCAGGAGUCUCGAUCUGAGAGGGAGUACAGCACCGGGCCUCCGGCUGCAGAGGAGAACCACGGCGCCGGGACGACUGUGCAGGAGAACCACAGCACCGGGCUUCCUGCCACAGAGAACCACAGUGCUGGAUCUCCUACCGCAGAGGAGAACCACAGCGGCGAACCUCCUGCCGUGGAGGAGAACCACGGCUCUGACGCCAAAAGCAGCAGAUCUCAAGGCGGAGGAUCAGAUGGAGGCGAGCAGCAAACCGGCACAGACGAGCCCUCGGUGGACAUCUGCACAUGGCGUCCAGAGGAGGAGGACAAACCCAGCGCGGCGCCCACCGCCGGCGGCCAGACGGUCCGAGCUCCUGCUGAGGAGGAGGAGGAGGAGCAGGAGGAGGACACGGCUCUGGCUGCCUCGCUGCCUGCUCCUCAGGUUUCUGCUGCCAAACAGGACGACUCUUCAGACUCCUGUCUGGAGAAUCCCUGCCUGAACGGAGGGACGUGUGUGGACGGCGACCCGGUGAGGUGUGUGUGUCUGUCCGGAUACACCGGAGACUUCUGCCACACAGACGUGCAGCUGUGCGAGCCGGGCUGGGAGAAGUUCCAGGGCUUCUGUUACCGCCACUUUGGGAAACGGCAGAGCUGGGAGGCGGCGGAGCAGCACUGCCAGCUGUGUGGAGGUCACCUGCUGUCGGUCAUGACCCCCGAGGAGCAGGACCACAUCAACGACAAAUACAAAGAAUAUCAGUGGAUCGGACUGAACGACCGGACGAUCGAGGGAGACUUCCGCUGGUCAGACGGGAAUCCUCUGCUGUAUGAGAACUGGUACCGAGGGCAGCCUGACAGCUACUUCCUGUCUGGAGAGGACUGUGCGGUGAUGGUUUGGCACGACGGUGGCCGCUGGAGCGACGUGCCCUGUAACUACCACCUGUCCUACACCUGCAAGAAGGGAGUGUCCUCCUGCGGCGAGCCCCCCCCGGUUCACCACGCCAGGGUGUACGGGAAGAAGCGGACGCGUUACGAGACCAACAGCAGGGUGCGCUACUACUGCGAGGACGGCUUCCUGCAGAGGCUGAACCCCGUCAUCCGGUGUCUGCCCGGCGGCAAGUGGGAGGAGCCACGGAUCACCUGCCUGCCCGUUUGA